CUGGUGUGCAUGUGAUCUUUUUUCCCUUUCUUACGAAAAGGCCUUACGGAUUAUACGGUAUGAAUAGGUAAAUUUCCGCGCUAAUUCUUUCAAUGUAUUCAAGCCUCGUAGUCGUGACUUGCUGGGUACUUGUGUUAAAACUCUCUGUUAUAAAAUCCAACUCAUGUACUGUUUUGGCAUUGAAAAUUGUUAUAACAGUAUUCAAUAACUAAUCUGGCAACACAGUAAUUGUUUGACACCAACACCAUAGUAAUUGGAAAAAUCGAAACCGAAAAAUUUUUUGCAAAAAGCUGAAAAAGCCGGAGUUUUCACGACCAAACAAAGAAAAUGGGCGAGCAACCGAUUUUCACCUGCCAGGCUCAUGUCUUCCACAUUGACCCGAAAACGAAGCGCACAUGGAUUACGGCAAGUAUGAAAGCGGUCAAUGUGAGUUUCUUUUACGAUUCGUCCCGCAACCUUUACCGCAUUAUCAGUGUGGAAGGUACUAAAGCCGUAAUUAAUUCCACAAUAACACCCAAUAUGACAUUUACACAAACAUCACAAAAAUUUGGGCAAUGGAGCGAUGUGCGUGCUAAUACGGUUUACGGUUUAGGAUUCGCUUCUGAAGCCGAAUUAACAAAGUUUGUGGAAAAGUUCCAAGAAGUAAAGGAAGCAACAAAGAAUGCUAUAAAGGCUGCGAAUGGUUCAACUGUAGUUACGCCUACCACCUCGGCUAAUACAUCCCCAAUAUCAUCGCGUAUGCAGCAAAAUGAUAACACCGCCAUAGAUCCACAUACCGUGGAACCACCAAAUAUGUCCAAUACGAAUACACAAAACGCUAACCCGGAUAGUCCAUCGCAUAAACUAUUGCCAGCAGCGGAUGUUAAACAAGAGUUGACUGCAGGUGCCUCUCCAUCACCUGCUCCAACGGCGGUAACAGUCUCCUCAAGCGGCAGUAUUGUAGGCGUACACACAGGUGGUAGUGCUGGUGCUACUGGGGAGCAGCAAUUGAAAUACGAGAAUGAACGACUUAAAAUGGCACUAGCACAAAGUUGCGCCAAUGCAAAGAAAUGGGAAAUUGAACUGGCCACAUUGAAAAAUAACAAUAUACGCCUAACGAGUGCAUUGCAGGAAUCAACAGCAAAUGUGGACGAGUGGAAGCGUCAAUUGCACACAUACAAGGAAGAAAAUAUACGAUUAAAACGUGAUUUGGACGUGAUUCGUGUAGGCGGUGGUGGUAGUGUUGUUGGUGGUGCUGCUGGUGGUGGAGAAAUUGCCGAAGAUUUACGACGAGAAAUCGGUUUAUUAAAAGGACGCAUCGAAUCACUCGAGAAUGAACUAAUGAGCCAAGAAAUUGAAUUGCAGGCGGCAAAUAUGAGCAUACGCGAUAAAAGUCUUGAUCACAAUCAAAUGGGAAAGUUAAGCGAAUUGAGUGCACUAUUCUCCAAACACUUAACGGAACUCUUUAGUGUACAAAAAGACAUGGAAAAUAUUAUACAUCCAGCUAAAAGCACUUGAGAUAAAGAUGUGGCCUAUUUUAAGAAGGUUUCAGGUGUAGAACAACAAUUACAACAACAAACGAUAACGAUUAGAAAAUACGGUGCUUCGGGUACGGGUGGCAGCAGCGGUGGCUUAGUUGGUGACACCGAAAGCACACUCUCUAAUAUUACAUCAAUUCACUCACAAUUACAAUCUCUCAACGAAACAUGUGAUGAUACACAAAAAUUUUACACUACCAGUCAUAUGAGUCAGCAACAACAACAACAACAACAACAACAACAGCAGCAGCUACACCAGCAUUUGCAACAACCAGGAAAUAGUGAGAAAAUAAUUAGACCACAAGUGUUGCGCGCCAUGAAUAAACACUCAGUACUACUGCAAGAGUUACAUCAACGUCAAACGCAAGUGGCCACCAGCAGAAGUACACAGCUAGCAACGGCUACUAAUAUACAGCACUUUGCAACUGGUUGCACAGCAACAUUUACUAUCACUACAAGUACAGUGACUGCAAACACAAGCGGCGCCGGGGUGGCAGCAACAGCUACUGUUUCUGCCGCUGCCGCUGCUGCUGCUGCUGCGGCUGUUGUGUCGCCCAAUAAAGUAGCCACACAAAUGACAAGUAGUGGCGCUGGCAAGACUGCAACAAUACUUGUUUCAAAAUCAAAAACUAAAACUGGUUUACCGUUGCUUUUAAAAAACUCCAUUAACAAUUAACAAGAAUGAAAAAAUGUGCGGAUUAAACAAUUUACAAAUUGUAAAUCACGAAUGUUUGAAGAAUUGUCAUGUGAAAUGGUGACGUAAAGAUGCUGAAAUUACGUACAUAAAUCAACGACCGUUAACCUGUGCCCAAUAUUUAAGAAUUUAUAACCAUACAACACAUAUACAUCAUCAUCAUCAUCAACAGCAACACAUAUAUAUAUAUAUAUAUAUAUAUAUAUAUAUAUUUGCAUAUUUAUGUCUAUGUGUUUUUUUUUUUUGGUUUUUAUUUCUUGUUUUUAUUUUUUUGUGCAAUGUUUCUUAAGUAUUUAAUAACUUUGUGUCUAUCGAAACAAAAACCAAGUGGUAUGUGAGCAUAUAACCAAACGCGCAAAUGAUAUAGCAUAAUUACAAAUUCAUUAUUUCAUUAGUGCAAGUGCGAGUGCAAACUUGUAAGUGAGACUUGCAAAAAUCAUAUAUUUAUGAUCCGUUGAUAUUUUAGUAAACAUAUUAACUUUUUUAAUGUGCAAAAGGCAUCGCAGCUAUUAUAUUUAUAUACAGCUACUAAACUUAUUUUAUAUAUAUAUUAUUGCUAAUUCAUUGAAAAAAGUAUUGCUAGACAAAAGCUGUGCAGUUAAGUGUAAUAAUAAUAUAAUUUGCUUAAAAUGACAAAAAUUGUUUGAAAUAACGCAACAUAAAAAAUUGGCUAACAAAUAUGUGAAGUGUCGGCAAGUGAGAAAAAGCAACACGUGUAUUUUCAAAAAUUAAAAUUUUGACAUUUCCUUUUUACAACUUAAACGCAUAGCUAAUGUAUGUGUAAAAUUUACCAAGUAUUGUUUAUACCAUAUAUCGAAUACUAUGAGUACCAGUAAUAAUUUUUAUGUUUUUUUUACAACAUAUUUAUAUUGUAUUUGUUGAAUAACACUCAUUAUGCAUGUAUACAAACGCAUAUGCAAAAACAAAACUAGUGAAAAAUUACAACAACAAAAAAAGAUUAAAUAAUAAAUAAACAUUGUAGAAAACACAGUGUAUUGGAAGGUUAGUAAAGCAAAAUCGAAUUAAAGCAUAACAUAAACAAAAUAUACUAAAAAAUAUUAAAUUUAAAAAAUAUUAAAUCUAAAAAAAUAUUUGUAUUGUAUAUGCGUGUAACUAUUGUAACUGUAUUUGUUAAGUUUUAAUUUAUUCGUAAUUUACUUGUAUACCUAUGAUAAUUAAAUGACUUUUCGCCAUAACAAUAUGUAUGAAACUCGAAAUUGUAAUGACGUUGAUGCUAACUAUGAUAUUGUGGUUAACUUUGACAUUGAUAAUGUUUGCUAAAUACGAAAACAAAAUAUUAAGUAUUUGUAUUUGCUGUACUUUUUUGUAUUAUUACUAAAUAAUUGCAGAUAAAGUGAAAAAUUAGCAUAGUAAAAAAAUUAAAAAUGAAAUUAGAAACGAAAACCAAGUGGAAUGCAUGAAAAGCCGAACUAAAACUGAAAACAGAAAAAGAUAACUUAUAUACAUAAAUACAUAGCUAUAUUUUAACCAAUAAAUACCAAUGUGCAACUGUAUUGGCCAUGUAGGUGUGGCUAAGAUUUUUACGGUUACACGUAACGAUAGACUUCUAACUUCGAAUAAUAAAAUUAAGCAAACAGGAAGUGCAUUCAUCACACUAACCACGAAUUGCGUUGAAUCUCUUGUAGCAAUAACAGUAAACAUAAUUAAUUAACCAAUUAUAUACAAAACAUACAUACAUACAUACAUACAUGCAUAGAACAUAGACACACAAGCAUAAAAAAAUUAUAAUAAUUAAUGAAAUAAUAAUGACAAACACAUGCGCAAAUCGUACAUACCAUUUAAAUAUAAAAUACCUAUAUUAAAUUGAAUAAAACCAAUAUACAAUACAUACAUACAAUGAUACCUAAAUACUAAUGUGCUUUUUAUCUAAAAGUUGGGAGUCUUAGCAAUACAGCAAUUAAGUAAAGGAAAUGGGCGUAAUUGAGUAAGUUUGCACAGGAUAUGUACCGUUAUAGUUUUUUUUUUAGAUAGAGAGGCUCGAAACCCCUACAACUUCAAACCACAAUAUAAAAAAAAUACUUAAACUCAGAAAGGAGUUCUAAGCGAAAAAAUAUAGGACACUCCUGUGUUGGAGCCGCCAAGGCAAAAAGGCGUGUUUUGGGGAUUUUGAAAUCAGGGAUUUCAAGCCUAACCUGCUUUUGUUUCUAUUUCCGUAACACAGCGAAAAUAUGGAUAUUCCUAUAUUACUUUUUUUGCUACUACUUGAAACAAUUUGGUGUGUACACAACAGUUACAAAAACAGUUUAGUGAAAAAUAUAUUUAGAAGUGUGGUAAAUUUAGUUGUUUCGCACGAAAAAUUUCGGAAAAUAUUUUAAAAUAUAUUUAGAUGCGAUUAAUAUGCAAAACAAAACGAUUUUUUCCAAUUCACAAGUGGAUAUAACCCCUUAAAGAGCUGCUGUGGAUGAAAGUAUUUCUUGUUAUGUUGUCAUAAAUAUUUGGUGCUCAAUUUCUAGUAAGUUCUUCCGAUAUAAGAAACAGUAUGGCAUUUAUUACAUUAUUACUAUAUUUUUUCUACACCUAUUGUGGACACAUACAAUAUACAUACCUACCUACAUUACUAAAAUAAUAGCAUACAAUAAUUUUUACAAGAAUCAUAAAAAAAUAAUGUCUGAUGCAACUACUAUAACAUAAUAAAAAUACAGAAGAAAUAAAAAAAUAGUUUUGGUGAAAAAGCGAAAGCCGAGAUUGAGACAGCAUAGUAAUUUAAAUAAAAAUAACAAUUUGGCAUUGCAAAACUACUAAGCCACUUGAAUAAUGAGGAUAAUUAAUACAUGUAUUAAUAACGCAGAAAACUUACAAGUUGUGCGCACACUUGACACAACGACUAUGUUUAUUAAAUAAAUAAUAGAAAACUAAAAAGAA